ACAUGCGUGGGGUCUCCAUGAGUUGGAGUCGACUCCAAGGUAGCUGGUUUCUGCCUUGAGCUUCUUGUGCUCUGUAGCGUUCUUCCUGUGCUCUGUCUGCCUCCAGGGUGGUGAAGAUGCUGGCGUUUUCCAUAAGACUUAACUCCUUGAAGGGGUGCGUUCCUAGGUUGGGGGUGCUUAGAGGAGACAAAGCUUCUUUAUGAAAAUCUCUCGGUAGCUGCCUGUGUCUUUAGGCUUCCAGAAGCUUCUCUGGUUUAAUCGAAUUGUUCACUGAGCCUCCUGCUUGCUAAGGUACUGGUUUUUAGGAACUGAUCUUAAAAUGAGCAGUCAUUGGGAGACUUGAAUGUGUAAACUGCUUAUAGUUCUGGAUUUCCUGUUCCCGAACAUUCGCAAGCAUUUGGAAUUGUCUGAAUAAAGGCAAGCAUCCCUGGGCUACAUGCAGCUGCGGAGAUUCAGAAUUAAAAUUUAAGCAUGCGACCCACUGAGUUAAUUGGGCUUGUAUUUUGCACGUUUUAGGUACUGUCACGACUGCUGGAGGUGCCUGACAGAUCCUAGCCAAUCCCUGGAGCCUGGCAUCAGCACCUUCCCCUGUCCAGAACGCACCCAGAGCUCCAAAGUGUGGCGCCCCCCCACCAGCUGCAGCCAUGGGGUCCGAGGACCAUGGUGCCCAGAACCCGAGCUGCAAGAUCAUGACGUUCCGCCCGACCAUGGAGGAGUUCAAGGACUUCAACAAAUACGUGGCCUACAUCGAGUCCCAGGGCGCCCACCGCGCAGGCCUGGCCAAGAUCAUCCCCCCGAAGGAGUGGAAGCCACGGCAGACGUACGAUGACAUCGACGACGUGGUCAUCCCGGCGCCCAUCCAGCAGGUGGUGACGGGCCAGUCGGGCCUCUUCACGCAGUACAACAUCCAGAAGAAGGCCAUGACCGUGGGCGAGUACCGCCGCCUGGCCAACAGCGAGAAGUACUGCACUCCCCGGCACCAGGACUUCGACGACCUGGAACGCAAGUACUGGAAGAAUCUCACCUUCGUGUCACCCAUCUAUGGGGCGGACAUCAGCGGCUCCUUGUACGACGAUGACGUGGCCCAGUGGAACAUCGGGAGCCUGCAGACCAUCCUGGACAUGGUGGAGCGUGAGUGCGGCACCGUCAUCGAGGGUGUCAACACGCCUUACCUGUACUUCGGCAUGUGGAAGACCACCUUCGCCUGGCACACGGAGGACAUGGACCUGUACAGCAUCAACUACCUGCACUUCGGGGAGCCCAAGUCCUGGUACGCCAUCCCCCCGGAGCAUGGCAAGCGCCUGGAGCGGCUGGCCAUCGGCUUCUUCCCCGGGAGCUCCCAGGGCUGUGACGCCUUCCUGCGCCACAAGAUGACCCUUAUCUCGCCCAUCAUCCUCAAGAAGUAUGGCAUCCCCUUCAGCCGGAUCACGCAGGAGGCCGGGGAGUUCAUGAUCACGUUUCCCUAUGGCUACCACGCUGGAUUCAACCACGGAUUCAACUGCGCGGAAUCCACCAAUUUUGCCACGCUGCGGUGGAUCGAUUACGGCAAAGUGGCCACUCAGUGCACCUGCCGGAAGGACAUGGUGAAGAUCUCCAUGGACAUCUUCGUGCGCAUCCUGCAGCCCGAGCGCUACGAGCAGUGGAAGCAGGGCAAGGACCUGACGGUGCUCGACCACACGCGGCCCACCGCCCUCAGCAGCCCGGCACUCAGCUCCUGGAGCGCCUCCCGCGCCUCGCUCAAGGCCAAGCUCCUGCGCAGACAAAUUAGUCUGAAGGAACACAGACACUGGAGAAAACCCGAGGAAGAGAGGAAGGCCCAUCUAGAGAGGAAGAAAGAGCAGACCAAAAGGCCGGGGCUGUCGUCUCACCGGAAGCGGAACCAGCCCAAGAAGUCCAAGCCAGAAGAUCCCAAGUCCCUCGGGGAGGGCCCAGCGGCCGGGGCAGAGGACACCGGUGGGGGCGCGAAGGAGGAGGCUGCGCAGGAGGCCGAUCCUGAGGAGGAAGAGGAGUCACUGCAGGGCCGCGAGGCCGAGGGCGCAGAAGAGGACGGGAGGGGCAAGCUGCGGCCGGCCAAGGCCAAGAGUGACCGGAAGAAGAAGAGCUACGGUCCCCUGCACCCCCACCUUCCCCUCUUGCCACCCCCACCAGCCCUGCCGCCGGCUCCCCCAGCCCACUUCACCCCUGAAGGGGUGCCCCUGCCACCACCCCUGCUGGAACCCUCUGUGCUGGCACCAGCCCCCACAGCCGAGGAGGAGAGCCUGCCGCCUGCGGCCCUCAACGUGGUACCCCCCGAGGCUCCCGGCGGAGCGGAAGACGAGGCUAAGCCACGGCCCAUCAUCCCUAUGCUGUACGUGGUGCCCCGCAGCGAGCGCCUGGCCGGCGACAGGGAGCACCGCACCUGCCAGCAGGCCUUCGAGCACUUCGUCCAGAAGGGCACUGCCUGGCCUGAGCCGGCCGCGCCCAUGGAGCUGACGCUGCAGGAGGAGCAGGGUGGGCCCGGGCGCCCCGAGAUCCCUGCUCGGGCCGGCGAUGUGCAGGCGCCGUCCACGUUCCCAAAGUUGAAAAUGGAGAUCAAGAAGAGCCGGCGCCACCCGCUGGGCAGGCCGCCCACCCGGUCCCCGCUGUCGGUGGUCAAGCAGGGGGCCUCGAGUGAUGAGGAAACGCUGCCUUUCUCCGGGGAGGAGGAGAUGAGUGACUCCGAGGCCCUGAAGUCACUGCUGUCGCUGCAGUGGAAGAACAAAGCAGCCAACUUCCAGGCGGAGAGGAAGUUCAACGCGGUGGCUGCGCUGACCAAGCCCUACUGUGCCGUCUGCACCCUCUUCUACCCCUACAGCCAGUCCCUACAGCCUGAGAAGGAGACACCCCAGGCCAUGCUUGGGGAAGGCCCCACGGCCGCCGCGCCACUCUCCAAAAGCGGCCAAAAGACACGGCCGCUGGUCCCCGAGAUGUGUUUCACCGCGAGUGGCGAGAACACCGAGCCGCUGCCCGCCAGCUCCUACAUCGGUGACGACGGUACCAGCCUGCUCAUCGCCUGCGCCAAGUGCUGCCUGCAGGUCCACGCCAGUUGUUACGGUAUCCGCCCUGAGCUGGUCAAUGAAGGCUGGACGUGUUCCCGGUGCACGGCCCACGCCUGGACUGCGGAAUGCUGCCUAUGCAAUCUCCGGGGCGGAGCGCUGCAGAUGACCACCGACAGGAGGUGGAUCCACGUCAUCUGCGCCAUUGCAGUCCCCGAGGCCCGGUUCCUGAAUGUGAUGGAGCGCCACCCUGUGGACAUCAGUGCCAUCCCUGAGCAGCGGUGGAAGCUGAAGUGCGUGUACUGCCGGAAGCGCAUGAAGCGGGUGUCGGGCGCCUGCAUCCAGUGCUCCUACGAGCAUUGCUCCACGUCCUUCCACGUGACAUGCGCCCAUGCCGCCGGCGUCCUCAUGGAGCCGGACGACUGGCCCUACGUCGUCUCCAUCACCUGCUUCAAGCACAAGACGGGCGCCCAUACGGCCCAGUUCCAGCGGGCCGUGACCGCAGGCCAGAUGGUCAUCACCAAGAACCGCAAUGGGCUUUACUACCGCUGCCGUGUCAUCGGCGUCGCCACACAGACCCUGUACGAAGUGAACUUUGACGACGGGUCGUACAGCGACAACCUCUACCCGGAGAGCAUCACAAGUAGAGACUGCGUCCGCCUGGGACCCCCUCCUGAGGGCGAGGUGGUGGAGCUGCGGUGGGCAGACGGCAAUAUCUACAAGGCCAAGUUCAUCUCCUCGGUGACCAGCCACGUCUAUCAGGUGGAGUUUGAGGAUGGGUCCCAGCUGACUGUGAAGCGCGGCGACAUCUAUACCCUGGAGGAGGAGCUGCCCAAGAGGGUCAGGUCGCGGCUGUCAGUCAGCACGGGGGCACCCCAGGACAGCGUCUUCUCGGGAGAGGAGGUGAAGGCCGCCAAGCGCCCGCGGGUGGGCGCCCCACGCACCAACCCCACCACCACCACCACCGAGGACACGGCCCGGAGCCUGGACUACCUGGCCUUCAUGGAGAGCCUGCUGCAGGCACAGGGCCGGCCUGGAGCCCCGUUCUAGAGCAUUCUAGAGAGUCCGCUGGUGUCCAUUCAUCCUUGACCUCUCAGCCCAGCAUGGCCGCCCAGCCCCCAGGAAGGAGGCAGCGGCCCCGCACCUGCUCGCCGGGAGCCCUGGCCUCGCCUCCCUCCUGGCCCCAGAGGCCACCUCCCGCGCGGGCCCUGUCUGCAGCGAGCAGCAGUGACAGGCCAGACGCGGCGGGACUCAGGGAGCAGGGCCGGCCGGCCCGGGGCGGCCAGGGCCCACCGCCCACCUCAACUCCUCAGACCCUGAACCAUGAAAAGCUCUUCGAAAAGGUGCUACCACAUUGCCUACUGAGCGAGUCCGGAAUUGGGACCGUGUACAUAGAUCACCUUUGUGAAGUUCUUUCUAUAAAUGCUAUUGUUUAAAAAAAAAAAAAAAAAAAAAAAAA